CUAAAUUUAUGAUAAACACAAACAUGUCUGUAAAUGUCAAAAUUUUAUAUACAAACAAUUUUAUUUUGACAAUUUAAUAUAUAUUUUUAUUUCGGCGAUUUAUUAUUUUUUUUUUUAUAAAAUUUAUUAAAAGUUUAUUGUUUUAAUAAAUUAUUGAGUUUCAAGAAAUGUGACAAGAAAAAAAGUGGAGUUUUUGACAAAUAAACUAAGAAAAUUGGAUAAUGAAAUUUUGAAUAAUGGCUGAUGAUCCACAUAGAGAUUUGUUGCCAGUUAAGGAGGGAUCUUGUAUUGACACCUGUCGAAGUAGUUUAGUUUAUCCAGUUGAUCGAAGAGAACGAUAUGCUGUUUGUAAACUUGAUCGUUAUGAAUUGGAGGAUAGACACUUGCGUUUACUUGAUGAAAUACAAGAUUUAAAAAAAUAUUUAAAUACACAAGAAGAAAAAAUUAAAAGGCUAUCAACAAAAUUAAUGAGAGUUGCUAAAACACCACGUACAUGUUUGUCAACUGGAAUAAAUAAUGACAAUGACAGAAUUAAAAUGGAAAAUUUACAAAUUGAAAAUGUUAAAUUAAAAGAUAAAGUUAAUGUAUUGAAAAAUCAAAUUUUAAAUCAUCGAGUUUUACGAAGAUCAUCAUCACAAAUUCGUCGGUUACAUCAUCAAGGAAGUGCAUCAUCUGGACCAACAACAUAUCGAAGUGAUGGUGGACAUCUUAAAACUUGUGUAUCAACAAAUAGCAUUCACGAGCGAAUCGAUGAUAUUAAUAUUCAAAAAUACAUCAAUAAAAUUCAGGAGUUGGAAAAUGAGAGAGAAGAAAUGAUUAACAAAAUUUUGGAGCUUGAAAAUCAAUUGUCAUUGUAUUUAAAUGGAAAUCAAAAAGAAAAAGUUGCUGAAAAUGUUGAAUUUAUAAAAGUAUGGCGUCAAAUGAAACAACAACAAGAUAAAUUAAAUUCAACAAAUGCAAUUAAUGAUACACUACAAUCACAAAUAGAAGAAUUGAAAAAUUUACUUGAUCAAACUUCAAAAAGUAAAGUAGAAGCAACUGUACGUUUAUCUGUUGAAAAAAAAAGAAUAUCAGAACUUGAAGAACAGCUAAUAAAAUCAAAUGAUUCACAAUUAUUAUUACGUGAAAAAGAUGAACAAAUACGUGAUCUAAUGAGUGAAAUAAAAAUAUUACAACAACAUAAUACUGAGCUCAUAUCAUUAAGUACAAAAUACAGCCAAGUUGAUAAUGAAAAUAUUGAUUUAAAACGUAAAUUAUCUGAACAAAAAAAUGAUAAUAAUAAUUUAAAAACAGCAUUUAAUAAUGAAAAAACAAAUAUAACUGCAUUACAAGCUGCCAAUGAAGAAUUAAUUGAAAAAUUACAAGAUUUACAAAAAAAUAUGGACACACUUACCAUUGAAUUAAAAUCAGUUCAAAAUCAGCAGGUUAAAACAGAUCGUUCAAGUGAAUUAAAAUUGGAAAUUAAACUCGUUGAUAAAGAGACAAAUACAAGUCCAGAAAUAAAAAAAUCAUUUGAUGAAAAAUCAAUGAGCUGUUAUUGUGAUGAUAACAAUAAAAUUCAUAAUAAUUUAAUUAAUGUUGCUGUACAAACUGAAUGGAAUAAUAAAAAUGAAUUAUUUCGUCAAAUAUCAGAUGAUGCUUUAGCUAAUAAUGAAAGAAAAUCAUCAAUUGGACAAUCACCAAGACGAAAUAAAUCUAGUGUUAUUCCAGCUUCAAGUGAUCAUGAAUAUACAAGUGGUAAUUUAUCAAAUAUUGAUAUGUUAAAAUUAUUGGAUGAAGUACAAAUAAAUACACCACUUGAAUCACACAACUCAUCACACAUAAAACAAAUUGAAAAUAUAAAUUCUGAUAAUUUUGGAAAAACAAUUAACAGACAGAGUCGUGAAUCCGAAGGAGAAUCUGGUUAUUCAUCAGUUAUAAAAUCAUCUCGAUAUGAUAAAAUUGAAAAUUUAAAUAAUCAUUCAUCAAAUUGUUCAUGUACAACAAGUAAAAAUAAAAAUUGUUGUUUUGCAUUUCGUGCAAAUAAAAAUAAAAUCUGCAAGCAUCAAUGUAAUAAUGAUUUAGAUGGAAAAAUUGACAGUAAUCUACAGGAUGAAAUGAAAAAUAAUCGGUUUUUAUCAUGUGUUAAUCCAAUGACUGAAUUUACUUGUUGCUGUUCACCACAAAAUAUUCCACGUAAAAUAUUUACAAAGCAAUUAACAAAUACUUGUAAACCAAAAAAUAGUAUUGAUUGUCAAUUGAUAUCACCAAAAUCAAGUGGAAGUAUUUCAUUUUGCAGUGAAGAUACAACAACUGAAGAUGAAAGUUUAACAAGUUUUGAUACAGAUAAUGAAGGAAUUGUUGAACUUUGUAUAACAUCAUUACAACUCACUCCUUAUGCAAUAAAUCAAAUUUUUACAAAUGAUGAUAAUUCACAAAAAUCUGUAUUUGUAACCUGUGAUUACUGUGGUCAAGGAAAUAUAUUUAUUCCAUAUAAAAAAUAUCCAAAUUUAAAAUUUAAAACAACACAUAUUUAUAAAUUAAAAAAACUAAGUACCUUUAUUGAUUCAAUUAUUCAACAUGCAAUUUAUCUUCAAAUUUAUAUUAUCCAAAAUGGUGGAUAUCCAUGUGCAAUUGCAAAUGCACAAGUUUGUAUAAAAGAUAUAUUAAAUUAUCCAAAUAAAAAAUUACGUUAUAUUGCAACAAUGAAAUGCACUGUACCAUGUUAUAGAAAUUUUAAUCUUGGUGAAUUACAAUUUUCUAUUCAAUUAAAAUGUAGUAUUGAUAAAAUUAAUGAAUUUAAAUUAAAUUAUAUUGAAAAUAAAAAAAAUACAUUAUCUAAUAUUGAUAAUAAUAAUUUAAUAACAAUUAAAAAAUCAUUGUCAAUUGAUAAAUCAUUGUCAGUUGAGAAUUCAUUGUCAAGUGAAAAAUUAAAAAUAUUAUCUGAUGUUAAAUUUAAUAAUAUAUCAUCAAGUAAUCACAGAUUGGGUAAAAGAAAAACAUCAGAUUUAUAUGAGAGUUAUCCAAGUCCUAGAGAAUCGAAAAGACCAUCAAUAUCUUAUCAGCCAGAAUCAUCAGUUAGUCAAAGAAUAAAUAUGGAAAAUAAAAAAAAAAUAUCAGCUGAUGAACAUCGAGAAUCUUGGGCUAGAUGGACUACUGGUGAUUAUACAUUGAGAAAAAGUCUUUUAGUAAGAAAAAGUAAAAUUUCAAAAGAUCCAAGUGAUGAUUCAUCAAGUGGACCAGCUGGGGAGAGUCAUCCACAGUUAAACGAGAGUUUAACAAAAAAAAUAUCAAAUGAUAGUAAUGAUAGUAAUGAUUCAUCAACUAGUCCACCAACAAAUAGUAAUGUUCAGUUGAAAAAUAAUUCAAUAAACGAAAAACAUGGACAAUCAAAUAAUCUUCCUGGUUUUGCAUCAAUUGAAAAUAAUUUUCAAGACACAAGUACAAUUUUUCAUGAUUCUGAAAUGCCAAAAUAUAGAAAUAGAUUAUCAAGUUAUGAAGCAAGUACAUUUAUAAUAAUUUAAUUUCAACAAUUUAAAUUAAUAAAUAUAUUAAUUAAUUUUCGUUUUUAAAUAGACAAAUCACAGUUACAUUGAUUCAAUUCUUUUGAAAAUUAAUUAUUUGAAUUUUUUUCCACGAUGUACAAUAUUUGAAGAUCCAGAAAUUCAUCAAGUUUACAUUGAAUAUUCAUUUUUAGGAUAUCAUGGCCCUGAGCUAGAAACAAAAUCACUUCCAAAACCACAAAAUCAUACUGAUAAAUUAUUUUACAAUUAUUCAAAAGGUACAUAUUAUAAUUAAUAAUAAUUUUACAUAUAAUUUAUAAGAUUAUUACGUUAUUUAGAAUUUGCAAUUGAUGAAGAUACACAUAUUGAACAACGUAAUAAACUUCAAGCAAUGUUUUCAGGAGAUGCAAAUCCAAAAAUUAAAUUUACAAUUAUUAGUGAACCAUUGGAAGAAGAAAUUCAUAAAAAAGAUUGUAUGGAAAUUGGGUUUGUUAUUUAAUAACUAAUAAUUAAAUUUAAUUAAUCAAUAGACAAAUUAACGACAUAAAAAAAAUAAAUUUUUUAAUAGAUUUGCUUACUUGAAUAUUAAAGAUCACGUAAUGCGUCAAGGUCCAGAUGAUAUUACUCUUGUAGUUUUAAAUACAAAUGAAAAACUUACAAUUGGAAAUUUACAAGUAACAAUUGUCGAUUCUGAUACA